AUGCUGUGCGCAAGUGAGUCGGCCUCAUUCGUGGGACCUCUCGGCAUUCGAUGCUAACGACAACCAGUCUCCGGUGAAGCACCACAGCACCCGGUGGCCUCGCGCAAGUCAGGUGCGUCUGUCGCGAUCCGCCAAUGUCGAGGCAUCUGAAAGGCUUACAGUAGGUGUAGGCAAUGUUUAUGAGAGGCGACUGAUAGAGACUUACAUCUCUGAGAACGGUACCGAUCCUGUCAACGGCGACGAGCUUUCCACAGACGACCUGAUCGACCUCAAGCAAUCGCGCGUCGUCAAGCCAAGACCACCAACCUUGACCUCCAUUCCCGCCCUCCUCUCCACUUUCCAGAAUGAGUGGGACGCGUUGAUCCUCGAGACGUUUCAAUUGAAGCAGCAACUUUCCGAGACGCGUCAGGAGCUCAGUACUGCUCUCUACUACAAUGAUUCUGCACAGAGAGUCAUCGCGCGCUUGCAAAAGGAGAGGGACGAGGCCCGGGACGCGCUGUCUCGUGUAUCGGUCACAGGCGGUACCAAUGGUGUAAACGGAGAUGCGAUGCAGGUUGAUGGUCAGCCGCUGUCGGAGGAGGUGGUUGCCAAGAUCACCGAGACACAGGAGCGUCUUUCGGCCACCCGCCGAAAACGCCCAGUACCUGAGGAUUGGGCCACUGCGGAUGAGCUGCAGACAUUCGACGUAAAGGCUUCAGUGGAUACACAGUUCUCAGGCGCCAAGUCUUUGGCCUCCGACUCAACUGGUGACUUCUUCCUCUGCGGCGAUUCGGAUGGCACUAUGGGUAUCUUCGAUCUUCAGCAAGGCGCGUUCACGACGCGAAGCAAUCUCGGCGCUGGAGCCAUCUUGGGUGGUGCAUGGUGCAACGACAAGCAGGCGGUAUCGACCUCUAGUGGUGUUGUUGCGGUGUCUCAAGAGGGUGCAGUCCAGGCCAAAUUCCAGCAGCACGCAGGGGCUGCGACCGCGGUGGCCUGCCAUCCAAGCGGACAAGUCUUGGUAUCCGUGGGCUACGAUAAGAGCUAUAUUGUUUACGAUCUGAGCAACAUGAAAGUUGCAACUCAGGUCUUCACAGAUAUUGGUAAGAUUCUUGGCACGGAAUCUCAGAUCGCGUCGUUUGCUGACUUUCGCGUAGAACUCACAACUGUGGCAUUCCACCCGGAUGGGCACUUACUAGCAGUCGGCGGUGCGGAUGGCUCUGUACGACUGUACGACAUCAAGACCUCUCAGCCAGCCCACACUUUUCCGGCUCCAUCUGCAAACACGCCCAUAGUGGCGCUCACAUUCUCCGAGAACGGUACUUGGCUGGCGUCGUCAAAUCAGGGACAGAACAUCCUCACCGUUUGGGACCUGCGAAAGCUCAAUGCUCUCAAGACUAUCGAUAUCGGCACGGCAGUUUCUGGGAUUUGCUGGGAUUACACCGGGCAAUUCUUGGCUGCAUGCGGCCCGGGAGGUGUGGUGGUGAGCCAGUAUUCUAAGAGUGGGAAGUCAUGGUCAGAGCCCCUACGCAAGGCGCUCAACGCGGCGGACGUGAAGUGGGGAGCGAGAGCGAAGUCUUUGGUCGCCCUGACUAGCGAGGGUGCUGUCGCCGUACUUGGCGCGUGA